CUCGGACACACAAAUUUAAGCCACCCACCACACGGCGAUACGUAUACUCAAGACAUACAAAGCAACCAAGUCCUUACUUAGGCACACAUCGAUCAAUCACUCAUACGCAUCAGUACCUACAUUCAUCGAUGACCGAGAGAGCCCUCAAUUCAAUCAAUUCAGUGCACCCUGGCGAUUGUGCCGGCCGUCCACCCGCUGACGCCAUAUGCAGGCAACCCGCUGCUGCGGCGGCGUGUGGGGGUGGUGGGCACCGAGGGCGGCGGAGUGAAGUGUUCAUAGGCGUACGAGGGACGGAACUCCACACAGGGCGAGGGAGGCACUCCCAGAUCAUCGAUCGUGGGGGGGCCAGGCCGCUCAGCAGUGACAAGACCCUCCACCUCCUGAUCUUGUGCUUGGCCCUCCUCCUCCUCCUCCUCCUCCUCCUCCUUCUCUUCCUGCUCAUCGUCUUCCCCUCCCUCAUUGUUCUCUCCCUCCCGUUCCUCUCCCAGCCCCUCUCUCUGCUGCGUUUCCUGCUCCUCGUCGUCAUGUCUCACCGGUGUCGGCGGGCCAGGCGUCCUCAUGAACAGCGGGUGGGCACCUUUGUAGGGAUCAUCCACCACUGAUGAAGCCGGCCCCGUUGCUGCUGCAGUAGCUGCAGCAGCGGUUGCUAGCUGCACACGGUCAGCAAAUGUGUGCGGGGGUGCUGGGCGCUUCGACGGCCGGAAGGGCAAAGCCCCGCUAGAGAGGAAGAGCGGAUGCACGUGGUAAGCCGUCGGCGGGCCCGGGCGCUUCUUCAUCUCGAAUCUUCUGUCCAUUUCAGCUGCUGUCUCAGCUUGCGAAAGCUGCGCGGGGUCUGCAUGCACCAGCCAGUCGCAGUUGACCGGUGCGAUGUGGCCGUAGAACAGCCGCUUCUGGGGCCUGUCCGGACCGGUGAACGACUCUUCAUAGGGGAUGUUGCUGCCUCGCUGCAGCUGGCUGGCAAAUACUGGGUUGGCCCGUGGGGGCGGCGAGUGGGGAGGCGGAUGGAAAUACGGGUUGGGCGGGAAGAUGCGCUUGGCGGGCCGAUAUUUGACCGGCGGGCCGUUGCAGACCGCCUCGCGGAACUCUGCGCUCUCGAUCUGGUUGCUGCGGUCCUUGCUUUUCUUCUUUUGCUGAGUGAAACAAGGCAAAGAGGGAGACAGACAGACAGACAGACACGGGAUUCGAUUCAGGCAUAGCUCGUGUCUCGUUGGUUUGGUUACAGUGGGGAUGAAGUGUUCCAUGCCCCGGAACCCCAUUGCCGGAGUCCUCCUCCCCCCAAUGAGAUCUGGGAACGACUGCUGGUACCCGUGAGUGCCAGGCUCAGGGCACAGCCGCUUCAUGCGAGCGCCGACCUCGCUCUGCCAGUGUCGGUGCAGCUCAAACUCUCGACGGAGUCUCUGCUCCAGCCACUCUUGGUAGGCCUGCUCCUCAUCUUCGGCUCCCCGCAGGCGCGUGUCCUUCGGGGGCUGCAUGUCGUACGGGUGGUGGUAGUGGGAGGGAGGGUGGUCGGGCUUCGGACCGACUCCUCGGAUCUUGCCGUAAUAGACCUCGCCUGCGUCUGUGGUCCGAAUCGACAGACAGCACAGCACAGCAGCCAGCCAGCCACAUUGACGAGGUCAGGCAUGUCUGUCCAGGUGCACCUACUUGUGCAUGGGAUGAUGCGUCCCUUCUGCUCCCAUGGAUAGGCCGGUGGACGCCUCCGGGAAACCGACGCCGAGCGAAUGCCCCCCUGCCAACGAACACAUGGCAGCGGUGGGGGUGCUGACACACUCACUCAGUCAUUACGAGUGUCCGAGGGUCAUCUGGAGGGCACAAGGCGAAUGGAGGGCUGGCAAUGUCCCGACUGACGAUCAACGGACUGGCGGCCUGAUGUAUCGCCGCAACACAGAGAGAGUGUGAAACAUUGAUUCGUGUUGGGCUCCCUCCCUACCCGCAGCUGUCUGUGCUCCCUCCCCUCCCGCCAGUCGGAUGGCUGUCCGGCAGGCUGCAACCCACUCCCAGAGGGCACAAUGCUGUGUGCAUGGCCCUCCUUUGCAGUGGGUACGAACCGGUUGUCUGAGCACUCUGAAGAGGUAUUCAUUCUCGGGCGUUAUCCACUGCUCAUACCCAAUGGGACUCUGCAAAGAACACCACAAGGGGCUCGGCAAUGCACUGCCUCUACUAUUGUGUGCGUGUCCUUCUUUCCGGCCCUCCCUCCCCCUACAGGUCGUCUGGGUCUGACGGGUCCUCCUGCAGUGGGGGAUGGGCCCGUGCCCAAGUCUGCCACGGUUGGUCUUCGUUUGGGCCGCAGCCCCUCGUCGCGCAGAACCACCAUCACCUGGGUGCC